UGGGCGCGUGCCAAAGAGUGAAUGGUCGAACUGUAGCAUCACGCGUCUACCUUCUUUACGCAACCCAAGUGAGGAAUUUUCGUAAAUAACCAUGGUACUUUUUAGAUCAAAGGAUUGCCUGCUCUUGCCGCUUCUUCUAGUCAUUGGCAUUCGUUUCUCAGAUUCGUCUUGCGGUGGAGCUCUUAAUGGCCGUCAUGGAAUUAUUCAGUCGCCAAACUUUCCUGACACGUAUCCAAAUAACUUGCACUGUGUGUGGAACAUAACUGUGGCUACAGGCUAUCGGGUGAAAAUUCGGUUCACAGCUUUUGAUGUAGAAUAUUUCAAAUAUUGUGAAUACGAUUGGAUUUCCAUGCGUUCCGGAAAUAGUACUCAUGGAAAAUUUUGUGGCUCUAAAAAGGGAGUUCAUCGCAUUCCCCACGAUCAAUUAAUAUCACCAACAAACGAGGUCACUCUCAUCUUUCACUCGGAUUACUCCAAUGAGGAAGUCUACAAAGGUUUCAGAGCACAUUACUCCGCUGUUGAUGCAGAUGAGUGCAAAAGGGAUAACGGUGGAUGUGAUCAUUACUGCCACAAUUACAUAGGCGGUCAUUAUUGCUCAUGUCGACCAGGCUACAGACUUCAACCGGAUAAGAAGUCUUGUUAUGUUGUUUGCAAUAACCAGCAAUUUAAAGCGAGGCGAGGUGAAAUAGCUACUCCAGAAUACCCCAAGAACUACCCCAAAAACUCUAGAUGUGACUGGACCAUUGAAGUGGAAGAAGGAUACCAGAUAACUUUAAGUUUUACUCAGUUUGAAGUGGAGGAUCAUCCAGACGUGAUUUGUCCUUACGACUACUUGAGAGUGUCAGCAGGCAUCAAUAGAAAGUAUGGUCCUUUCUGUGGGAAGUCUCUUCCCCAGAACAUUACUUCAUCUGAUAACUACAUGUACCUGGAGUUUGUGUCCGAUGGUACUGAAAACUACAAAGGAUUCAAAGCGAUUUAUGACACACAUGGGUUACAAUGCCCAAUCUUACGCGCUCCACAGCAUGGAAACAUGACGGGGGAUAGUUUUACGUUUAAGGACGUCGUACAGUUUGGUUGCGAUGAAGGUUAUCUUCUAACAGGCUCUGCUGUCAGGGAGUGUCUCAGCAGCGGAACCUGGGACGGAGAUGUCCCUGAAUGCAAACCGGUAAACUGUGGUAAUCCUGGAAUCCCACGUCAUGGUAAAAUGGGACAGACUGGAUUCACCUACAAGAAAACCGUAACAUUUUCUUGUGACAAGUAUUUUGAGCUUCGAGGUCAGAGCACUAGACAGUGCCAAGCAGAUGGAACCUGGUCUGGCGAACAACCCAAGUGUGUUGCAAGUUGUGGAGAAAUAGAAAACUUUAAUUUCAGUCGUGAUGUUUGUAGAAAGAGGAUCGUUGGCGGCCAGGACUCAUCCAAAGGGGCCUACCCAUGGCAUGUGUUACUUAUGAAGGAUGGUCGGUUGGCCUGUGGUGGAAGUCUUUUGAACGAACGAUGGGUUCUAACUGCUGCUCACUGCGUGACGAGCAAGCAAUCAGACAUUAUCCCCCUUUCUCAACUGGAUAUUUUUGCUGGUCUACUUGAUAUCCGCAAAUUCAACGACAGCCACGUUCAGAGGAGAAGAGUCAUAAAGAUCAUUAAUCACCGGGACUUUAAUUUCACUCUGUUUGAGUCUGACCUAGCGCUUUUGAAACUGGAUCGUGAAAUAAAAAUAUCAGAUUACGUCAGACCUGUCUGUCUGCCAGAAAAACCUGAGCAGAAGAGUUUGUUUAUGCGCGGAAAAUUCGGCCGAGUGGUAGGCUGGGGUUAUAGAGUGAGCCAGGACUCCAUUGGGCAGUUUGCAAACAUACUCAAAGAGAUCUGCAUUCCGACCAUUGGCAACGAUAAAUGCCAAGCCGCCUUCAAGGAUGAAGGAUACAUUGUGACUCCAAAAAUGCUCUGCGCUGGUCAGGUUCAAGGUGGAAAAGAUUCCUGUCAUGGAGACUCUGGUGGUGGAUUUGUGUCCAUGGACCCAGUGAGCGGGAAGUGGGUACUGGGCGGGGUAGUGAGCUGGGGUAGUAGCCUGGGAUGCGGAUUACGAAAUAAGUAUGGAGUAUAUGUACGCGUCACAGAGUUUAUCCCUUGGAUCAAUCGUUACAUGUCCUGAGACCCCCUAAACUUAAUCAAGAUGUAACCAACUUAUUUGGAUAAUUUAAUCAGUGUAUAAGCAAGAUUUUCUCUAUAUCAGUUUGAGUUGGAGUUAUUGAAUCUGUUUUUUCUCAUUUGAAAAAAUACAAAUGAUGCACCUUUGCCUGUGAGUGUCGAAAGUAAACUGCUUAUCAAGGUUAGCAGUUUGUUAGAUCUCUCAGCAUUAUCUGUGGGUUUACUAUUUUAGGUUGUAUAAUCUUACGGCAACAAUUUUUGUCUUUCGGCUGACUUGGUUAUUUACAGAGUGAAAGAGUAAUAUAUAAAAUGUCCAACUGAAAUUUAUGGCUUGAUUAACUACUUUUACAAUCUUUCAGGACUGUUUAUCUUGUAUUUAGAUGUAGAAAUCAUUUUAUGUAGUCUUUUUAUUUAUAAACAUAUAUUUCUUUUAAUCUUUUGGAUUUAAAUAUCUGUUUUAAAUAUUGAUUUACAAGAGAGUUCUAGUUUCCAUUUACCAAAAUGACUUAAGUUAGACAAGUCAUACACUUUCAUUACUUUUCAGAGAACUCGCUUUUAGUUAUGUGAUUCCAAACAAUAAAGACAUAUUACCGUAUGAGUAAAUUUCACUUAAAGCCGAAAAAACGAGUCUUUCAUACCUCUGGUAUAAGAAUGAAGAAUUUUCACUGUAGGUAAAAUCAGGAGUAGCAACCGUCUCCAGGGUAUAUCGGGCAAUAAUGAUUUGUAUCUUUCUGGGAAAGACUUAGUAGCUUUUUAAAGCGUAUGCUGACGCAAAUUUGUUGCUGUUAUGUUAUGUUAUAUUUUAAAUACUGUUUUUAUUGCUACAAAUGUAUAUCUUGUUAUUAUUAUUAUUAAGUUGUGAAGUUCUCUAUUCUCUUCUCAGGAAAAGGGGGGGAUACUCGCAAGACGCCAAUUGUUUUUGUAUUCGAGUCGCAAAUGCUUUGAUGUAACAUGUCAUAGAGACCUCGUUAGUCAUCUAGACCGUUAGAGUUCUACAGGUUACCUCACUAGUACGAUCCCUGUUACUACAGCAUUGGAACUCGAGUGUGGGGUUCGAUUCUUGAGUGGGAAUUAAAUAUUUUCUUCGUACUACACUUGAAAGAAAACUUUGUUGAAACUGAUUGAUGUAUAAAAGGAAAGCCUUCACUAAACAAAACGAUUAAGAUAAACAGAGUCUAAUAGUUUGGAGAAUCCUUUCCUUUAGUUCUGCAGUUACUUAUUCUUCCUUACUAAAAUCAAACUGCUAAGAGCUGUCUGCCCGAGAAGAUUGUCGAUGAUGACAUCUUAACAUUUUGAACGUGCUUCUCAGGUGGUUGUUUCCAUGUCUUCGGGAGGGAGGAAAGAGACGGGGAAGUUGUGAAGAUAUUGAAAUGAGUUUGAGUACAUUGACCAUCCGCCGAAAAUAAAUUGAAAAAGGUUGACCGUUGUGGUUCGUGGCGGUUGUAGAGAGCUAAUUUCUGAUGUAGGCUCAACCUUGUUUCACAUUUUUACCGUCAAUUAUCGCUUGGAAAAUCGUCAGUUUUUUGUACGGAAAGAGUGACGAUCUUUAAUAUGGGUUUGUGUUUUGGUCGAGACGAAACAUAGAAUGUUUUUCUCGCCAAGAAUCAAUGCUCACGCCCAUGGCCGUAUUAUUGUUCUCUUCGCCUCUUGUGGCUGCAAGGUAUCAUGUUUACAUAAAAACGGUUAUUAAAAGAUAAAAUCAAGGUAGUUCAAUAAAUGGAAAUUAAGCUGCAGCUGACGUUUCUACAAUAUUUACAAUUUUAUUAGCUUGUAGUCUUGAGUUACUGUUGUGCAAACAGCCAAUUUUCUUUGACUAUAUGCACGAAGAACAUCUAAAAUUGCGGUGUAGGUAAUUUGAAAUAUUUUUAUAUAAGUUAACAUACAACGUUGUCACAUACUAAAACAGAGGCUAGCGACACAGUUUCCUCGUCACCAUUGUCGUUUACACUUUCAUAAACCACAUGGAAACCAGAGAUUGCAAGACCUUACAUGUAGCUACAAGUGAACUACAUCAAUCCAUUUUUUCGAAAUUAUUUCAUUGUUCGAAUAAAUAUGGAAAAUGUA